UUUUUUUUUUUUUUAAAGAAAGAGGAUGGCAAAACGCUAAGCAGACGUGCUUCUUAGGCGCGUAACAAUACUCACCUCUCACCGACAGUAACGUUGCGCUUACUUCUUUGCUUAAACCAUUGUUUCUUCGAUCUCACUCAUUCAGUCUCCUCUCCUACCAUCAUAUUCGCUGAUCUACUCUUCUCUUUCUGGUCAUGGCUAAGACCAACCUCCAAUUCCUCGCCAUGGAUUCUGCAUUUCAGAUAGCAAUGAAAAACAACAUCGGCGUUUUAAUCUUUCUUCUCUUAUCAAUCGCAUUUACAACGAGCAACGCUUCAAUCCACAUCUACCAGAAUCAACUCUUCAACGAAGUCGGCAAUGCUUACCUUCUUCCCGGCGGCAGUGAAGGCCUCGCCACCUCUCCCUCCUCUGACAAAUCCGCCGCCGAUGGCCGCUCUUUUAUUCGAUUUGAGAAUAUCACAUUCUGGAGGACCCAGGCUGCUGCAGAUGAACAUUCUGACAUGGAACAUAGUACCGGGUUGAUACAAGCGGUGAUUUUUGAGGCUGCUGAUAGAAAUAAUAUUGGUGGUUCAGCUUAUGGUGGACAGAGAUCAAUAUGUUGCACCCCUGAUCUGGCUAAGUUGGAAGGUUGCAAGCAAGGUGAAGUCAUUAGGAUUCCAUCUGCAACAGAUAGUAGUUGGCCAAUCGUUUUAAACAUACAGUUUGGUGGGAACUAUUUAUCGACAAAUAUGGACAAUGCAGAAGUUCCCAUCACGAAAACUGGGAUGUAUAAUUUGUUUUUUGUUGCAUGUGAUCCAAAACUCAAGGGAACAGCAAUGAGUGGGAAGACAGCGUGGAAGAAUCCUGAUGGCUAUUUACCUGGAAGAAUGGCUCCAUUGAUGAAUUUCUAUGUGUACAUGGCAAUUGCCUAUUUGUUGCUUAGUGCCGUUUGGUUCUCCCAGUACAUGAAAUUUUGGAAAGAUAUCCUGCUACUUCAGCACUGCAUCACUGUUGUCAUUGGACUGGGUUUGCUUGAAAUGAUAUUGUGGUAUCUUGACCAUGCAAAUUUUAACAAUACAGGAAUGAGGCCCAUUGUAAUUACUACUUUGGUUGUGACAGUUGGAGCUAUAAAAAAAACACUUUCUCGACUUCUCAUACUUUCUAUUUCAAUGGGUUAUGGUGUUGUACGCCCAACUUUAGGAGGCCUUACCUCAAAGGUGCUUCUUCUUGGAACAACUUAUUUUUUGGCAUCUGAAUUACCGGACAUUACCGAGUAUGUAGGGACCAUCAAUGACAUAUCAGGAAGAGCAAGACUCUUCCUAGUCCUUCCCGAUGCAUUCCUGGAUGCAUUUUUGAUAUUGUGGAUCUUUAAAUCUCUUUCAAAGACACUGGAGCAGCUACAGGCCAAGAGAAUAUCUGUAAAGUUGGACCUCUAUAGGAAAUUCUCAAAUGCAUUAGCUGUGGCAGUGAUUGCUUCAGUUGCAUGGUUAAAUUAUGAGGUAUACUUCAAAGCAACAGAUCCAUUCAAUGAGAGGUGGCAGAGUGCUUGGAUUAUCACAGCUUUCUGGGACAUUGUUUCAUUUGCACUACUCUGUGUUAUUUGCUACCUUUGGGCUCCAUCUCAGAGCUCCCAACGGUAUGCAUACUCGGAAGAUGUGGGGGAGGAAUUUGAUGAUGAAGAAGCUCAAUCUUUAACUAGGGGGCAGUCCAAUGGGGAUGUCAGUUUAGUCAAGCAGGAGAGGAAGAAUGGAAAUGCCGACGACUCUGAUCAGGAAGAUGACUCAGAAGAGGAUAAGAGGGAGUAAAAUCUCUUGGUGGAACAUGGUUUUAAUCAAACUUCUCGACCAGAGCCCAUGGGAAGAUGAGCAUAUUGUCCUUGGAGUCACAAUUUUUCCAAAUUCACAUUCAAAGGGAACCGAUCAGCUGUGGGUAGGGAGCUGAUAGAUUUCUUUGCCUUUUGCCCAUAUUAUGCAGUAUUCUUUAAUUGUACAUGAGAAAAGGGGCCACGACUAGCGAAGAGAAUAAAACAGGUAUUGAAAAUGGCAUUGUUCCUGAUGCAUGAGAUUAGGUGUUGUAAUCAUGAUGUUUCUUCUUUGUAGUAAUAUUAGGUGUGCGAUGUGAAAUUUCGCUUACUUGAUAGUGUGAUGGGGCGGUUUCCAUCUCAUUUUUUUGGGUGUUUGAUUGGGAGAACAUGAUUUAUCCAACAAGAUUUCUCAUGUUUCCACUAGUCGAUAUGGUCUGAUUACUUUUAUAUAUAUAUAUAUAUAUAUAUAAU